GCAAAUUAAUUUUAUACAAAAAAAUAUAAAAUGUACAUUCGAAUAUCGGCGAUAUUUUAAUACAGAAAUGAAGGAGAAAAAAAUUGAUAUAAAUGGUCAAACCAUUAAUUAUUUAAAAGUAGGCAACGGCAAAAAAAUUGUGUUUUUAUUACCGGGUGCAUUAGGUACCAUUUGGACUGAUUUUCGUGCUCAAAUUGAAAAAUUUGAUAAGAAUAAACUGACGUUAGUUGUUUGGGAUCCUCCUGGAUUUGGGAAGAGUAGACCUCCUGAACGUACAUUUGAUACAAAUUUGUAUCGUUCAGAUGCUGAAUUUGCCGUUAAAUUAAUGGAAAAAUUAAAUAUCCCUAAAUAUUCGUUAGUCGGAUGGAGUGGUGGAGGAAUUGCAAGUUUAAUAAUUGCGGGAAAAUAUCCCGAACGGAUUGAAGCUUUGAUUCAAUGGGGAGGAAAAUCGUUUAUUAUGGAGGAAGAAAUUGAAGGCCUUAAAAAAAUUCGUGAUGUUUCAAAAUGGUCGAAUGCAAUGAAGAAACCUAUGGAAGAAAUUUAUGGAGAGGCUCAGUUUAAAGAAUUAUGGGCAAAUUGGGUUGAUACAAUUGAACUCUGCUAUAAACAAAACGAUGAUUUUUGUGACAAACUUAUUUCAAAUAUAAAAUGUCCUACUCUAAUUGUUCACGGAGGCCAAGAUUCGGUCACACAUGCAGAUCAUGCGACCUAUUUACAUCAAAAGAUUGCCGGAUCUAAAUUGCAUAUUUUUCCGGAUGGUAAACACAAUUUACACUUAAAGUAUGCGGAUGAAUUAAAUGAUAUGAUAACAAAAUUUGUGGAGGCUGUGUAAAAGAUCAAAAAUUAUAUUGUAA